CCAGGGGAAGGGCCAGCCAGCUUCCCCGCUGGGGUGGGGGAGGGCCAGGGAGUGGCCAGCUCCCGCCCUCUGGAUGGAGCACCCCUCGGUGCUCUGCAGGAGGAGCAGGAGCUCAGGGUAUUUGGGGGCGCAGGGGUGGUGGCAGCAGACAGUGCCCUAUGGGAGCAGUGGCCCUGUGGGUGUCGAUGGCUCCACCGUGGCCGGGAUGCUGGCUGUGGUCUUGUUGUCUGUUUUGAGGGGAGUGUCUUUGGUGAGCAGCCAGCAGUGAGAUGAGCUUUCGACUGUGAGUCAAGCAAUGAGGGCCUAGUCCUGCCUCACCUUGGGCAAGUCAGUGGACCUCAAUGAGCUUCAGUUUCCCCACCUCAUCCGUACACUGGGGUUCAGUGAGCCCUGCUCCUUCCUCGGGGCUGCUGCAAGGACAGUGGGGAAUAAUUUAAGAGCCACACGGUAGCUGUGGGGUAGAGAACCCUUAGGAGAACCAGCGUGGACGGACAGAGCUGCACUUCUUGGGGGCGCUUGUCGGGUACCCAGCACUGCUCGGCCUGGGCCAGGCUUUGCUGUGGGGACACGAGAGGAGUGGAUCUGAGAUGCCCCCCCAGAGCUCACAGUCUGGUUCCGUGACUUGCAAACGGGCCUCUCCCAGGCCUCAUUUUGCUAACAAAGAGCUGCUGCCUUGAGUGUUUAACUGAGUCUACUUUCAGGUUCAAGAGCUUUUGUUUUGUUCCUUUGAGCUUUGCAAAAAAAAAAAAAAAUCUUUAAACCAUUCCCUACCCUUCCCUCCAGGUUGGGGUGCACCUCCCUGCCUGCUCCUUGAGAAGUGGGGUGGAGAGAUGAGAUGCACCCAGGUGCAGGGUACCUUGUAAUUCGAGGAGCCCCUGGAUAGUACCCAUCAGCAUCUGUGCAAUGCCUGUACCGCUGGCGCAGUGCGUGGUGCUGGGGAUGAAGGCGGAGGCAGCUCUGUCCUUGAGGAGAUCACAGGCAAGAAGACAAGGGCUUGGUGAUUGCAACUGGGAGUGUCCAUGACCGAGCUGGCGUCCUCAGGGGGCGGGUCCCCUACGGGGGACGGGGAAGAAGGUCUGGGGGACGAGCGAGGCCUGGUCAUCCACCACCCCGCGGAGGAGCAGUCCCACCGCUGCCCGCUGUGUGGCCAGACCUUCUCGCAGCAGCCCAGCUUGGUGCGGCACCAGAAGGCGCACGCCGGGGCAGGCCGCGCGGCCUCCUUCGUGUGCCCGGAGUGCGGCAAGGCCUUCAGCGUCAAGCACAACCUCGAGGUGCAUCAGCGCACCCACACGGGAGAGCGCCCCUUCCCCUGCCCCGAGUGCGGGCGCUGCUUCAGCCUCAAGCAGAACCUGCUCACGCACCAGCGCAUCCACAGCGGCGAGAAGCCGCAUCAGUGCGCGCAGUGUGGCCGCUGCUUCCGCGAGCCGCGCUUCCUGCUCAACCACCAACGCACCCACGCGCGCAUGCCGGCCCCGCACCCGCGCCGCCCCGGCGUCUUCGGGGAGCGGCGGCCCUACUUCUGCGCCCGCUGCGGCAAGAGCUUCGCGCGCGAGGGCUCGCUCAAGACCCACCAGCGAAGCCACGGCCACGGGGCCGAGGGCCCGGCGGCGGCCCAUUUAGGCCGCGUGCUCUGAUGCGCGCCUGGCCUGGGGCCGGCUGUUUCCCGACCCCGAGCCGCAUCCGUGAGCCCUGGAGGUGGCACUGGGCUGCGGUCCCCCCUCUGGAUGGGAUCCCGGGAGAUGGGGAGGGCUGGCUGGGGGUCGUGGAGGAGCGGGCCGCCCUGCUCUGUGGCCUUCUUCUGCUCCUCCCCGCAGACGCGGACGCUGGGGCUGGCCGCACAGGGCUGCUCCUGGCCCCUGCGCUGGUUUUCCUCCUCAGGAUGGCCAGGCCUGGAAAGAGCAGAGCUGUCGGGGCGGAAAGCCAGGUGGAGGUGGCCACUCUCCCCAGCGCCCAGGCCCAGGUCUCCCAGCCCCGGAACUUACCAUCUGGCACCCGUGGGAAGUCAUUUCACUUCGUGUCUCAGUCUGCUCAUCUAUGCGGAGUGGGCAGGACCUCUGGGCAGUGUGCAAGGCACACCUGGGCACAGACACCAGGAGUGGGGACCCUGGGGGCCUGCACCCCGGCAUGAGGACACGCAUCCUAAGAAGACCUACCUCGAGAGGUGCCCCACAGUGACAGCAAGGGGACUGGUGGAGCCCAGAAUUGGGGGCAGGUUCUGUUCCCUGGUGGGAAGACUGACCCCCUGAGCCUGCCGGGAGUCCAGUCCAGGGAAGAGCUUGUCCUGGCUGCCUGGCCGCCUGGCCACAGACGUCCACUCUCCUGUGGCAGCAGGUACCAUGCCUGUGUGGAGAGCUGGCUCCUCCGCCCGUGCCUGGCCCUCCAGAGCUGGGAGGUGGCCGGCCUGACAGCGCACAGCGCGCUGCUAGCAGACCUGGCUCUCCGGGCACAGCCUUCGCAGUGUGAACCACAGGAGCGGCCUCCACCAGCCUUUCAGCAGAGGUUCUUCCCACCCCUCGGGGCAUGAAGCCCUUUGAGGAGCAGACAAAGGUUAUGGACCUGCUCCCCAGGAAACUGCACAUACUCACAGAGAUGCAAGAACCUACCAGCAACACCAGGAGCUCCUGGACUCCAGGCUGGCACCUCAGCCCCAGGCCCCAACCUGCCACCCUGUCCUUACCCGACCCAGAGGGACCACCAUACAGUAGCAUUCUUCCCUCCCCCGCCGGUCCUCCUUCCCUUGUUUGGGAAUAAAGAACUCUGAGGAGGGGACCCUCUUAAUGACUCUAUUCUUCCAGAUCUAAGAAAUGGCCUCCGGGUUGUGGAGCUUCCAUCCCUCCCCAGAUGUUGCUGGAGGCACCCUGGCCUGGCCUUGCUCUUCCCCGUUGGGGGUGCUGGCUCUGUGGACCAGGCUGCAGGCCUCCCGGCACAGCCCCGGGCUCUGGCUCACCGUGAAGGUAGAGAAAGCUGGACCUUGUGUGGACGCUGGGUGAAGCAGCAGUUUGGGCAGAGUCAGCCCCAGGAAGAAGGAAUCCUGCAUCCGGCAGCCAUGCCCAGGGGUUCAGCCUCAGCCAAGCAUGGCGUGGGGAAGGCUGGGGAGGGAGACACAGUCUUGCUCCUGGUGCUGGCCAGCUCCAGGCAGGCAGGGAGAGAGGCUGGCAGAGGGGCUUCUGUGUGCCCCGGGUGUCCACCAGCACAGGUCAGACUCCUCAGUUUUUGUGCCUGAGCAGUUGGCCCGGAGCUAGCUCCUUGGCCUCCCUAGUAUGAACUGCCCGUCAGAAGAGGUGUGACUCACCAGGGCUGGGUGGGUUUUUGGCGACAGGCAGACUUCACGAAGCUGGUUGCGUUUAGGGAAACCCUUGCGGGUGGGGAGAGGCCUUUCGUCACAGCCUUUGAUUGAGAUCAAAGCCCACGGCUUUGAGUUGUGGGGGUCUCAUAAGCCUUGGGUUUAGGUGACGGGCGCGGGUCUCAGGGAUGGGCUGGGUGUGGUCAGGGUUGUCGGGAAGCCUGUCUGCCAUGUGCCUUGUCCUCGGGUGACAAGCCGUUCUGGGGAGAUCAGAGAGAGCGGGCAUUCCUGAUGCUCCGGGAAACUCCCGGAGUUUCUACAUGCUUCAACGUGGAGGGAACCCCACAGACUCACCCCUGCUGAUUGUCAGUUUGUUCAUCCCUCCCCUCCCCCAGCUUGUACCUGUGCGCCCCCCUUCCUGCCUCUUGAGAUCGCUCUGAAAUGUACCGCUCCCACCCACCGCCCACCACGCCCUCUUCUCCACCUCCCCGAGACUCCCAGCCCACAUUCUCUUCCUGCUCUGCAGUGUCUGUGUUAACUCACCAGCGCCCCCUUGGGGACUGCAUGCAGCCUUACACUCCAGCUUCCUGUGCGUGUGCGCGCAUGCGCGCGUGCGCCUGCGUGAGGGUGUGUUAAAUCUACACUGUGAGCUUUCUGAGGGCAAGGGGCACGUCAUUUCUUCUUGAACCCCGCAGGGUCUAGCGCAGGGCUGGGCUCAGCACUAGGCAUGUACUUGCUGACUGGCUCAUGGGCCAAGUGCUGGAGGCCGUAAGGGUCUCUCGCCAUGGGAGGUGUGAGAGGGGAGAGGGUAUGUGAGUUCAGAGUGGGGGGCGUUUCAUUGGGCUGUGGGCUUCCCCGCCCUGGGGCAAUAAUGGCCAUAGGACGCCGAAGGUCCCAUCCAUAGUCGGGGCAGUGGGACGGGAGGGACUGCCCCCCCAAGGCUGCGCAAGACUGCGCCUCAAUGAUCAUCCAGGCUGGAUAUUCCUGUUGGUCACUGACACCCAAUGCGAUGACCGAGUGGAAUAAAUGUUCUGCUGAUA